AUGCCAUACCUUGAGGACAGGAGAAUCGGGAAGACUGUUGAGAUGAUGCUUCAAGAUGUGUGCACUGAAUGCCCUCCUGGCCCACCAGGACUGCCAGGCAUCCCAGGUUUCAAAGGUGACAAAGGUCUCCGAGGACCACCAGGUAGAGACGGCCAGGAUGGGAAAAUGGGAAAUGCUGGUCCCAGAGGUCCUGCAGGCCCACCUGGGCUGGAUGGUCAAAAGGGUGCUAAAGGAGACCGUGGAAUAACUGGGGAUGCAGGAGAAAAAGGCGAACAGGGACACCCUGGAAUGCCUGGCUUUGCAGGGGCUCCUGGAAACCCUGGCCCACCUGGACCGGAUGGGGCACCAGGACCAAUAGGACCAGCGGGAAACCCAGGAGACAUAGGUAAAGAUGGCCCUCCAGGUCCACAGGGCCCACCAGGUGUUCCUGGACUUCCCGGCAUUGCUGGGAAUGAUGGCAAAGAUGGCAAGCCAGGAUCUCUUGGAAAACCGGGUGAACCAGGUCUCCCCGGAUUGCCAGGCUCUUCUGUACCUACUGAAGGCCUGAAAGGAGAGCAAGGAGAGCCUGGCCCACGAGGACCUCAAGGCCAACCUGGACUUCCUGGACUCCCAGGAGAGGCUGGUCUAGAGGGCAAGCCUGGAGCUCCAGGUUUACCAGGUCAAAGGGGUAAGAAGGGAGAACCUGGAUUCCCAGGAAUUAAUGGUCUGGUUGGCCCUCAGGGACCUCCGGGGCCCCCAGGCAUUGCUGGACCCCCUGGACCACCUGGAGCACCAGGACUGCCAGGAGAAAUUGGUGUUGCUGGUAAAAGUGGACCGCCAGGACCAGCUGGCUCACCUGGCAAAGAUGGAUUAAAUGGUCUUCCUGGGCUCCCAGGUCAAAAGGGAGAACAAGGAGAAAAGGGUGAGGAAGGCUUUCCUGGAAAAGCUGGCCCUAAGGGUGAACCAGGAGGCCGUGGCCAACCUGGUGAACAGGGUGAAGUGGGUCUUCCUGGUCUUCAAGGUUUACCUGGGCUGAGAGGAGAAAAAGGAGACCAGGGAGGAAAGGGAAAAGAUGGUCUUCCAGGACUGAAAGGGGAAAGGGGAGAAAAGGGUGACACAGGUUCCCCUGGCCCACCAGGCACACCUGGAACAACAGCCUUCUUCACCCCACACCCUAGGAUUCCUGGUGAACCAGGACCAAAAGGGGAGAAAGGAGAUCGAGGAACAAGUGGAGAACCUGGAUUACCGGGCAUCCCAGGUGAACAGGGUGUCCCAGGACCUGUAGGACUACAGGGGACAAAGGGGCAGAAAGGAGCCCGAGGAGAAGCUGGAGCCCCUGGAGAGGCUGGUGCAGUUGGACCAGUGGGGCCUCCUGGACCAAGAGGAUUACCAGGAAAUGUGGGAGUGCCUGGAAACCCUGGACUACCAGGGAAGGAGGGAGAAAGAGGGGAAAAGGGUGACCCAGGAAAAGAAGGAAAAGUGGGUUUACCUGGGCCAGCUGGGGUGCCAGGGCCUCCUGGACAGCCGGGUUUGCCUGGCAAAGGUAAAGAUGGAGAACAGGGGGAAAGAGGCCCACCAGGCUUGCCAGGACCUUUUGGACAUAAGGGUGAGAGGGGAGCUCCUGGCCUCCCUGGACAGCCAGGAGACAGAGGUGUGCCAGGAGUUGGACUGGCUGGACCACCUGGCCCUAUUGGACCCCCAGGAGACAAAGGAUCAUUGGGUCCUCGUGGUGUACCUGGUAUCCCUGGACCACAGGGGCCUCCUGGCCAGGAUGGUCUACCUGGAAAUCCAGGGGAAAGAGGACCUCCUGGAAAACCAGGUACCUCGCCCUUGCUCUCUCCAGAGGACAUAAAUCUCUUAGUGAAGGGGUCCCCUGGUUUGCCGGGCACCCCGGGGAAGGAUGGAGCAAAAGGAGAAGCCGGUGAACCAGGACAACCAGGAGCAUUUGGACUGCCUGGGCCAGCAGGUCCAAAGGGAUCUGAGGGAAAACAGGGUCCCCCAGGUAUUAAAGGCUACAUAGGAGCACCGGGUUUACAAGGAGAAAGAGGAGAAAAGGGAACACGAGGAGACAAGGGAGAACGAGGUUUAGACGGGUUCCCAGGAAAGCCAGGUGUGGAAGGCAAACAGGGUCCUGCUGGCAGCCCAGGCCCUCCAGGUGGCAGUGGGCCCAAAGGAGAAAAGGGUGAAGAAGGAUCCCCCGGAUUUCCUGGACUGAAGGGUGAUAAAGGAGAAAAAAAAGAACUGUUCUCAGCCUACGACAUUCUGGAAGGGUUUGACCUGAUGGAUUCAUUCAGCGUGAAACAGAUCUUUGGAAUGAAAGAAAAUGGAAUUCAAAGCUCUUAUGUACGACUUGGAAGUUUCCCUGUUGUUCAGAAAACUGAGGAUGUAUUCCCACAAGGUCUGCCUGAUGAAUAUGCCUUUGUAACUACCUUCAAAUUCCGAAAGGCUUCCAGAAAAGAAGACUGGUAUAUUUGGCAGAUUAUUGACAAGUAUGGCAUACCACAGGUCUCAAUCCGACUGGAUGGAGAGAACAAGGCUGUGGAGUACAAUGCCAUUGGGCUCACCAAAGAUGCCGUGAGAGUGGUCUUUCGAAGUGCACGAGUCAGUGAUCUUUUUGAUCGCAGCUGGCACAAAAUUGCCCUCAGCAUUCAGUCAACGGCUGUCUCACUGUACAUAGACUGCAAGCUUGUGCAGAUGCUGCCUAUUGAAGACAGGGAAAAUAUCGACAUUCAAGGAAAGACUGUGAUUGGCAAACGCUUGUAUGAUAGUGUCCCCAUUGAUUUUGAUCUUCAGCGGAUGGUUAUUUACUGUGAUUCUCGGCAUGCUGAGCUGGAGACUUGCUGUGACAUUCCUUCAGGACCAUGCCAGGUCACAGUCCUGACAGAAGCACCUCCCGUGGAAGUGAGGCCUUCUGUUGGCAGCGAGCAAGUUGCCCACCUCAAGACUUUCAAUUGCUCCUGUCCUCCUGGACCGAAGGGGGACAGAGGCUCAAUUGGCCCUGAAGGUCCUAAAGGUCAAAAGGGAGAAAGCGGCAGCCAAGGGCUUCCUGGACCCAGAGGAGAAAAAGGAGAGUCAGGCAGAGCCUAUGGCAGAGGAGAAAAAGGAGAAAAGGAACAGACAGGAAAGGAGCACAAGACACUUGUAAAUGAAGGCCAAAAUGUUCUGUGUCCAAAUGUCCACGUGGAAGGAGAUCGAUUCAAGCACACUAAUGGGGAGACAGAUGAGAUUCCAGCUGGCAUUUUCUUAAUCCAGAACAUUUUCAGUGAUGGAGAAGUAGGACUGUAA